AUAAUAUAUUGGAUAUUUUAAUUUAUAUCUUACGGAUAUAAGCUGAACAAAAUGGAUUUAUAAAUAAGCUUUAAUAAAAAUCAGAACUUGUGGAACCCUUGCUGCGAUGGUGUAUGAUUGUGUAUGAAAGUGUUUUAAAUUAAUACAAAAAAGUGAUUUCAACUUAAAAACCUAAAAAUUACAGUUAAGCAUUAUUAAUAAAAAAAAAGUAUUUAAGUGAAUAUAAAAAUUAAAUAUAAUAGCAGUAAUAACAAUACAUAAUUGGAGCAUAAUAAUAGAAACAUAAAAGUAUAUGAAAUUGGUCAUUGUUCCGCCAUUGUUACGGGACUGAACUGAGCAAUCGUGAAGACAAGCGAAUAAACGCAUUUAUUCGGUGAUUUUAACAAACGUAAAUAAUAUUUAAUUAAUUAAAAAAAAACGUGAAUUUUUGUGAAUAUUUUUUACCAAAAACAUUGUGGUUAUAAAUAAAUGCUUUAUGAUAUAUGUGCAUAAAAAUAAUAUACGAGUAUAAAUUAAUUGUUUAUCUAAAAAUCGUUUUAGAUAUACGUAUGUACUAAAUUAGCUAAAAUAUUUACGUAUAGAGAAACUCUGAUUAAAAAUCAGAAUUCGUAAUUCGGAUUUCGAGGAUGGCAGUGUCCUGCCCAGAAGUAAUGUACGGUGCUUAUUAUCCAUAUUUGUAUGGCCGCGCUGGACCAAGUCGUUCAUUUUAUCAAUAUGAUAGAUUCAAUCAAGAUUUGUAUUCCUCUUCUGGUGUUCAACUGGCGAGUGCUUCAAGUGCAGGCUCUCAUUCGCCGUGUAGUCCAAUUUUACCGCCUACGGUUAGUGCAGCCGUUGUAGCUGUUGCUGCACAAACAAAUCAAACACCCGCAUCAACGAAUUUAACACUUGUUGGCAAUGGAGCAGGCAGUAGCGGCGGUACUGCAGCUCUAGUGCAUGGCAAUCUAAAUAAUGCUUUACAUAGCAGAACACAUACCAAAGAAGAGGAUCUAGUGGGACCAAGAAACGAUGCUGAAGCGCGACUCGUGGGAUCCCACAAUGAAUCUUCAUGCUCCUCAGGUCCAGAUUCACCACGUCAUACAUUGCAUGGUGCACAAACGAAAGAUUUACCUCUCGAUACUUCAAGUGGCAAUAGCCAGGGGAGAGCUCAGUAUUUAUCUGCAACCUGCGUCGUAUUCACAAACUAUUCCGGCGACACGGCCAGUGUUGUUGAUGAACACUUUUCCAGAGCGCUUAAUUUUAACAAGGAUAACAAAGAAGCAAAUAGUCCAAUGUCAGCUAGAAAUUUCCCACCUUCAUUUUGGAAUAGUAACUAUGUGCAUCCUGUAAGUGCGCCUACACAUCCGCAGGUCAGCGAUUUGUAUAGUUCAGAUGGUGGUUAUGCAACUGAUCCCUGGGUACCACAUGCAGCGGCACAUUAUGGCUCUUAUGCACAUGCAGCACAUGCGCACGCAGCUCAUGCUUAUCAUCAUCACAACAUGGCACAGUACUUGCGACUGCCACAACAGUAUAGCCACGGUUCAAGAUUACAUCAUGAUCAGCAAACGGCACAUGCAUUGGAGAGUGCAGCAGCUUAUUCUAGUUAUCCCACAAUGGCAGGUUUGGAGGCACAAGUGCAAGAAUCAUCAAAGGACCUAUAUUGGUUUUAAGUAAAACUGUAUUUUAACAGUUCGACUUUUUGAUUGAAGCUACCUACACUCUAUACUUUCUACAAUUUUAAACAUCAUAAAAAAAUUCUUUGUCUUUUGUUUUUU